CCACAAACCAUUGCAGCAAGUGCACAAUUAUUUCUCCAUUACCUAUUUUCGAAUAAAAAAAAAAAAAGUCCACAAUCAUUUCUUACUGCUUACAUGAGCAAUCAUCAUGUCUCAAAGAAAACCCUAAAAUCAUCCCUAAUAAAUUCCCCCAAAGCCAGCCGUCCUAGUCCUACAUCAACAUCACUCCUGCUCAAACAGAUCAAUGGAGGAAAAACCAACAUAUACAGAAAAACACUUUAUUCCGCCGAUGUUUCCUUCCCUAUUCGCGAAUCGCUGACGGUUCAAAUCCAUCAUCAAUAUAAGAAAGCUUUCUUUCUCCAGUUUGUUUAGAAGCCUCGACACAUACCAACAGAAGCAUUUGGAUUGUCUCCAUGCUUUGAACAAUGUAAUAUGCGGUCAAGAGAGCCGUGUAUGCUAAAUGUGCCUUCAAAAUCUUGUUUGCCUUUCCACUCUCCCAAGCAGAGUCUGGUGCUCGUUUCUUUCCAUCUUCUUUCCCCUUCUCCGGUCCCUCGUCCUUCUCCGGCCCCUCAUCGUCCGGCCCCUCGUUGUCCGGCCCCUCGUCGUCCGGCCCCUCGUCGUCCGGCCCCUCGUCGUCCGGCCCCCCGUCGUCUUCUUUCUCCUCUACCUUACUCCGAUUAGCUAGAUGCAGUGGUAGAACCUUCUCAAGCAAUGCUGCAAAUAAAAACAAGGAAAAUCAGGAAAAUAAAAUUAUGAAGAAAAUUUUCCAUUCUUUAGCAAAACCAAUCCAAAAGCAAUAAACAAAAGGCGUGACACCCAUCGAUUCGGAAUGAAGUCUGUGUCACACCAACUUAACAUAAAUUUAUGGCAAAGGUUUAUUAAGAUUAAGAGGCUGUAUAGAAAAGGAUCAAAGCCAUCAUGCUUGCUUGAAGGAUAGGGUUUGCUAACAUCAGAGCGGCCCAUGACAAUUAACAAGAGGCAUACCAUUUCUUUCGAAUUAUUCAAAUUCGUGAGAAAGACAAGAAAAAUAAAAGCAAAAAAUAAUU